GACCUAAUUGGUUAUGUUAUCUAUAGAUUACAGACAUUGUAUAGAAAAGCACUGUGAAAAUCCCUAUUCUGUUUUGUUCCGAUCUAAUCACCGGUGCAUGCAGCCCCCAGUCAUGCAGCCCCCAGUCACGCAUCCCCUGCUUGCUCAAUCGAUCACAACCCUCUCACGUGCACCCACUUAGAGUUGUGAGCCCUUAACAGGGACAGGAAUUGCUCACUCAGGGAGCUCGGCUCUUGAGACAGGAGGCUUGCCGAUGCCCCCGGCCAAAUAAACCCCUUCCUUCUUUAACUCGGUGUCUGAGGAAUUUUGUCUGCGGCUCCCGCUACAUUCUGAGUGGGGAAAGGGGCUAUGGUAGUCCGAGGACCCCACGGAGUCAGGAAGAUUGAGAGAGUGUCCCUCCGGCCCCGCCAUGAGGCUCUUCCUGUCGCUCCCGGUCCUGGUGGUGGUUCUGUCGAUGGUCUUGGAAGGCCCAGCCCCAGCCCAGGGGGCCCCGGACGUCUCCAGCGCCUUGGAUAAGCUGAAGGAGUUUGGAAACACCCUGGAGGACAAGGCUCGGGAAGUCAUCAACCGCAUCAAACAGAGUGAACUUUCUGCCAAGACGCGGGAUUGGUUUUCAGAGACAUUUCGGAAAGUGAAGGAGAAACUCAAGAUUAGCACAUGAGCAUCUGAAGGGUGACAUCCCAGGAGGGGGCUCUGAAAUUUCCCACACCCCAGCGCCUGUGCUGAGGACGCCCUCCAUGUGGCCCCCAGGUGCCACCAAUAAAAAUCCUAUAGAAAAUUC